AUGACGAUUGACACGAGCAAAGACUUCACGGCGGUCAUUGAGCUGGAGAAGGGUGGCGAGAUUGUCAUAGACUUGUUUGAGGACGGAGCGCCUACGACGGUGAACAACUUCGUCUUCCUUGCUAACGAAGGCUUCUAUGAUGGAGUAACCUUUCACCGCGUGCUAGAAGGCUUUAUGGCGCAGACGGGCGACCCGACAGGCACGGGUGGAGGUGGCCCGGGAUACCGCUUCGACAACGAACUUAGCCCCGACCUGCGACACGAAGGCCCCGGCAUACUCUCGAUGGCCAACGGCGGACGUGGAACUAACGGUAGCCAGUUCUUCAUUACCUUCGUUCCCACACCGCACCUGGACGACCACCACUCUGUGUUCGGCAGGGUGGUGUCUGGAAUGGAUGUGGUGAAUGGCAUUACGGUCCGAGACCCUAUGCGCCAGAGGACACCGGGCGACGCUAUGAAGACAAUCCGUAUCGACGAGUCCGAAUAG